CCUGUCAGUGUUCUAAUCUCUGCUGGAAACCCUACUGUUGGAGAAAGGAAGAAGAUUGAAGAGUCUUGUUAGAUCCAAUGGAGUAUGAGAGAAUAGACACAGCUCAGAGUGGUAUUUCACCAAGGAAAUUAAGAAUGAAGCUGAUGGGACCUCAUCAUCACAGAAAAAAAGAUGGAUCAAACAACGAUUCUUCAAGGACUUCACCUUCUAGAGUUGAUGAUGGUGAGUUUGUCAACAGUCUGUUAGGCUCUAAAACUGGGGAUUUUGAUGAGGAAGUUCCCAGUUUAGAUGUUGCACCUAUGUUGGAUUCCAGCUUAAAUGAUCAAAUUUGUAGCCAAAAUAUCGAGACAGGUCAUGCUAAAUUGCAGCAAUUUUCGAAGACUGAUAACGGGAACUCGAGUGCAAUUCAUCCGAUGAGGUCUUUGGAAGACGAAAAUCUUGAUUAUGAUAGCAAUGCUAGUUCAUCAAGCUUUGAGUUUCAUAAAGGGGAGAGAGUAGUACACAAUUCCAUGAGGUCGUACUCCAGACCUAUGGCAUCGAAGUGGAAUGAUGCAGAGAAAUGGAUCAUGAACAGGCAAAACGUGCAAGCCUCCUAUGCUAAGAAGAAUGCAUUUCAUAACCAAGCUAAUCGGUUUCCCAUGUCUAAUACAGCAAGGGUUGCUCCCGACUCUGCAAAUUAUGAUCUGAGGUCGACUGUUAAUCGUACAGCUGACGCUAAGCGGUUCGAUUUCUAUCAGUCUUCUGUGCAGGUGCCGUUCGAGAAGUUCUCUUUUAAUCCCUCUGCACCUCAUCCUAGUAAGGAUUUAAUCGAAGUGGGUCAAAUGGAUUUAUCUUGUACAAAAGGUUCUGAAGAAGAUACAACAGUUGUUCCUGCAAUACAAUCGGUUUGUAUGAGAGAUAUGGGAACAGAAAUGACCCCUGUUACUAGUCAAGAGCCUUCUCGGACUGCUACACCUGAAGGGGCAACAACCCCGCUCCGGAGUCCAACAUCUUCAAUCCCAUCUACUCCUCGUGGAGGAGCACCAACAUCAAUGCCAUUGGAUGAUGAGUCACAGCAUCCUCCUGAUAACGGCAAAAAGGAAUUGUCGGAGCAAGAAAUGAAGCUCAAGACAAGACGAGAGAUUGUAGCCCUCGGCGUGCAGCUUGGCAAGAUGAAUAUCACUGCUUGGGCUAACAAAGACGACAAGGAGAACAAUACUACUUCAGUUGAUGCCACUCAUAUGAAGGAGCUUGGGCAGAUGGAAUAUGAACAACGAGCAGCUGCAUGGGAGGAAGCUGAAAAGUCUAAACAUACUGCAAGAUAUAAGCGUGAAGAGAUCGAAAUUCAAGCGUGGGAGAGUCAGCGGAGAGCAAAACUAGAAGCAGAGAUGCGGAGAAUCGAGUCAAAAGCAGAGCAAAUGAGAGCGCAAGCUGAAGCAAAGAUGGUAAAGAAGAUUGCUAUGGCUAAGCAAAGAUCGGAAGAAAAACGAGCAGCGGCUGAAGCUAGAAGAAACCGAGACGCGGAAAGGACUUCUGCACAAGUGGAAUACAUUCGCCGAACCGGAAGAAUGCCAUCAUCCCAUUACAUGUGCUGCGGAUGGUAAACAAUGAGUUAUAAACAAUGACUAAACACCAACUUCUAU